AAGGUUAAGGUUAGGAAUUUAAAAACGUGGAUAAGCUUACUAACUUUACAAUUUGAGUUUAAUGACAUUUCUAAAAUCUAAAUAAUGGAAGGAAAUUUAAAUGAAUUCUUAGACAACUUUUCAAAAGCGUCAAAGAAGCCCUAUGAAUUUUUAAGUGUUCAAGAAAAUCUUUCAGAAAGUAUAAAGACCUUAAUAAAGGAUAUUUAUGAUUUCACAAAGAACAAAGAGGAAUCCAAAAGUAAAAAUGCUUUGCCAAAACUGAUUAUUGAACAAUUUGAUGAUGAACAAAUUUGGCAGGAACUUGAAUUGCAAAACAACAUUGUUGCUGAUCACACUAUUGAAAAUGUAUCUCAGUUUGCUGUGAAAAGAGAUCAGUUGAAAUUUCCGCUGACGUUAAAAUGUAAUAAAAUAGAAGAAAGCCCGCAAACUUCCGCUUCUACAGAACAAGAAAAUGGUUUGGAUCAGUCUUUUGAUAACGAAGAAAUAGAAAAUGAUGACAACUAUGAUGAAGAUGACGAUGAAGAAUUUGAUGGAGCUGAAGAAAGUGAAUUUGAAGAGGGGGAUGACAUUACAGAGCCUGAAGAAAAGAGUAACAAAAAAGGAAAGUUGAAACCAUCAAUUGUAGAUGAUAAAUUCUUCAAACUUUCCGAGUUGGAACUUUUCUUGCAAAAUGAAGAGAAAAAUGAAGACAAAGCCACCAAAGAAUCAGAAAGUAUUGAUCUUUUUAACAACAUUGACGAUGGACCAGUAGAUUAUAAGUAUUCAGAUUUUUUUGAGACUCCUUACAAUGAUGGCGGAGAUUUGCAAGAUGAAACUGAAGUCAAAGAGGACAACGAUGCAGAAGAUGAAAGUAUGGAUGAUGAAGAUGUGGAAUUCGAGAACGAUGAAAUGGAUAACAAUGAAGAUGAUGAAUCUACUGAAGACAGUAAAAAGAAAAAAGUUAGGUUUUCGUUGCUUGGAAGUGAUGAUGACAGUUCAGAUACUGAGGAAGAUUCCAUUAAAAAUGAAGGCGGUUCAUCUAAAAAGAAUAAAAAGGAUGAGAUCAAAUCAUCGUUGGAACUUAGACAAGAGCGACUUGGAAAGGUCAUUGAAAAAUUGGAAGAAGAUGCAUUGACAGAAAAACCAUGGCAGUUAAAAGGGGAAGUUACGGCUACAGCGAGGCCGCAAAACUCACUUUUGGAAGAGGCUGUUGAUUUUGAUCUAUCAGUUAGACCUGCUCCAUUGAUGACAGAAGAAGUAACCAUGAGACUGGAAGACAUCAUUAUGCAAAGGAUAAAAGACAAAGCAUGGGACGACGUUGAGAGGAAGGUGAAACCUGUUGAGACACCGUCCGAGUUUAAGAAGAAACUGGCUCUGGAUCAGGAAAAGAGUAAACUGUCUUUGGCUGAAGUUUACGAACAGGAAUUUAUCAAACAAAGAGAUGCGGCAACAUCAGAUGAUGUCGAGAGACAAGAGACAGAACCAGCUGCUCAUGUAGAAGUGCGUUCAAUGCUGCACUCCCUGUUCAACAAGCUAGACGCGCUUUCCAACUACCAUUACACUCCCAGACCUGUUGCUCCAGAACUAAAGGUGGUCACCAACGUGUCGGCCAUCAACAUGGAGGAGGUGGCACCUGUCACGGUAGCGGACUCAGCUCUACUUGCUCCUGAAGAAGUCAAAGGCAGGAAGCUUAAAGGUGAACCAAUGAGCAAAGAAGAAAGAACGGAAACCGACAAGAAGAGGGCGAGAAGGCUGAAGAAGACAAAACAGAGACAACGUGCAAGAGAAAAGGCACGAGCAGUCCAAGAUGUCACCAAGAUCAACCCUGGUCUCGGCAACAAGUAUGCAAAACUGAAGGCUGUUAAACAAGUUUUGGACUCUUCUGCAAAUAUAUCCAAGAUGGAAGAAAGCAGAGAAAAGAUGGUGAAGAGUUCUACUUCCUUCUUCAACAAACUGCAGGAUGAAGUAAAAAGUCAGAUUAAGAGCAAGACUUCUCCAUUCGCUAAAAAGAAAGACAAGCUUAGUAUUACUGCUAAGAAACUCAAAUUAUAACAUACUUUAAUUUUUGUAAAUAUGUACAGUAAAUAUAUUCUUUCUAACCCCUCGAA